AUGAAUGGCCUUCCAGAUAAUUCGAAUCUCCCCCAUGUCAACAAACCAGAAACCAUCACUGGUGUCUCGGUGACCUUUCUUAUAAUAUCAACCAUUGCCGUUUCGCUACGGUUGUUCGUUCGUGUGAGAGAGCGAAUACUUGGCCUCGAUGAUUUGUUUGUCGUUUUUGCACUGCUCAUAAUUGCAGUGGGAACGAUCUUGACCUGCUUCAUGCCCGACAGUGGUAUGGGGAAACACUUCUGGACAUUGAAUCAUCACAUGAUCAUAGAGUACUUCAAACAUGUCUGGGCCACCAACGUCACUUAUAGUGCAUCGGCAACGUUUAUCAAGCUUUCCGUUUUAUACCAGUACCUUCGAUUCUUCGAUUUCCAAUUGAGAACCGCACGCCGUCUGACAUGGUGGUUGUUCGGGACUAUCGCAGCAUGGGGGAUUGCCUUUAACCUUCUUGCACUCUUCUCGUGCACGCCCAUUCGAAAGAACUGGGACUGGGAGAUAAAAGGACAUUGCAUUGCAUGGGGAAGCAAAGACCCGGACGUUUUCUUUGAGACUUGGGCAGCCCACAAUGCGACGAACAUGUUGCUUGAUAUCCUCGUUCUCCUGCUGCCCGUACCCUUCUUGAGGGAACUCAGAUUGCAGGGGAAAUCGAAGGCAGGCCUCAUUGGGGUCUUCGUUCUUGGCUGGAUUGUUGUCGCCAUGUCCAUUGGCCGACAGGUAACCCUCUCUACGAACCGCGCUGGAACCGUACCCAUCCUCGACAUGACCUACCACACCCCACCGAUCUACCUCUUCUCCGUCCUCGAAAUCAACCUCGCCAUCAUGUGCGCCAGUAUCCCAAUCUUCUGGCCCCUCGUCUCCUCCAUCGCCGCCAACAAGAUUCUCGUCGUAAACGAAGUCGAAAUC